CCCUCUGGGAUGUUUUUUUUACGCCCUCUGCAAGGUUCCUCUGAUUCCUCCUCUCACUCGACCCACCUCUUUCUCUACAAGUCCUCUUAUCCCUCUCCCCCCUCUCUCUCUCCGUCCCUUUAUCCCUCUCCCCCCUCUCUCUCUCUCCGUCAUCUUAUCCCUCUCCCCUCUCUUGUCUCUCUCAUUGGAAGCCUGCGUUGUUCUUCUGCCUGAGACCACGAUGCAGGGUGGCGAAGAACUGAGCAUUGAUGAACUUGCUUCUAAUCUCUCAACCUACAAGGACCAGCUUCACCAGGUGAGGAAGCUUUUGGAAGAUGAUCCAAACAACUCUGAAUACAAGGAUAUGGAAAAGGAGCUUGAAGAGGGGCUGCGUAAUGCCAAGGGGAAUUUGAUGGAUAUAUAUUUAUUUUGAGUUAAAGGUGCUAUGUCUACUGAUGGCCUUCCUGCCCCUAUUUCAGGUUAUUGUGCUGACAGAAGAACUCUUGGUGACAGCAAGACAAGCAGAGGCCACUGGCUCAGGUAGUGAAAUAGAUGUGGAUGCCAAUCUUGAUAGGCACAAGUCAGAUGGUAUCUCAUCUUUAAACAUGGAGUCGAGUGAAAUUUCUGAGGAAAGGCUCCCUAUUGGCACCAAGAUUCAAGCGAUCUGGAGUGAUGAUGGGGAAUGGUAUGAUGCGACUAUUGAGGCUAUUACUCCAAUAGGUUACUUUGUAUCCUAUGAUGAAUGGGGGAACAAGGAAGAGGUGGACCCCGGAAGCAUAAGGCCAAGACCAGAGGGUACUGUUAAUGCUUUAUUGGAAGCUGAACGAGAAGCAGAAGCAACCAAGCAAGCAAUUAAGCGAAAGAUUGCUCAAGCAGCUGCAGCUGGCACAGAUGCCUUUUCUCGAACUUUACCCCCAAAACUUCGGAUUGAACCAGAUGAUCCUGAAGAUGUAAAAGCUGCUAAGCGUAAGAAGAUACAUGCUUUCAAGUCAAAAGUUCGCUUCGAGCAAUUGGAAGUUACACAGAACAAGCGGCAGAAUGCUUGGCAACAGUUCCAAACCACCAAGGGUAAGAGCAAGAAGAUUGGUUUCUUUUCGGGGCGAAAGAGGGAGAGCAUAUUCAAGUCUCCUGAAGAUCCAAAGGGCAAAGUGGGGGUCACAGGUAGUGGGAAGGGUCUCACCGAGUUUCAGAAGAGAGAGAAACACUUGCAUUUGAAGGGUGGGGUUAGCGAAGCUGAUGAUUAGAUCCAUACAUUUGAAACUCUCUUUGCUGUGUGAAAAUGAAGUAGAAAAUGCUGCUUUUUGGAAGCCACAGUGGGUGUUUACUUGCUGAAUAUGAGAGAGUGAGAGUGAGAGUGAGAGUGAGAGUGAGAGUGAGAGUGAGAGAGAGAGAGAGAGAGAGAGAGAGAGAGAAACUGGGUGAUUCCGGUUGAUACAAAUUUUCUCACACUUGCAGCAUCUUUAUCCUUUUAGGAGGAAGAAUUCCCAAGCAUAUUAACUUGAGAUUUCCUUUCUUAAAAGCUUACUGUAUACAGGCCAUAUAGUUUAGAAUUUCGAUGAAAUUACUCUUCUAUCCCUGUUUUACAGAGAAUUUGGGUACAGUUUAUGCUACACAGAUUGCCCAUCUGCUGUCCACCCCCAUCAAUGAACGGGGAAGAGGAGGCAAAGUUACACCUUAUUAAGACUGCCAAUGGCAACAGCAGCUCAUCUUUGCCAUCCGUUGGACGAGGAUAGGUGUGAGCAGCCGAUCAUUGUAUAUACAAUGCACACAAAAACUGGCACUUGAGGGUAAAAUAUGAAAUAUAGGGGGCCGAUUUUAAAUUUUGAUAAUAAAAUGAGAUUUUUCU